ACUCGUCCCAAUACGUGAGCCGUUCUCUCCAUUUCCGGUUUGACUACAAGAGAGAAGGUGUUCAGGUUCCUGGCCCUUGGUGAGGCUGUCUGCCGGACACUGGGGUCGCUUAGCGGGCUCUGCAAGAUAUAACAACGUGCUCUAGGAGUAACUUGCUCAGCGAGGCGAUCCUCAGACUAGAUGAUCACGUUCACACCGCUGAGUGUGCCGUACGCUCCCUCGCCCUUAAAUGACCACAGAGUUAAGGGAAAUGCGAGGGAUAACCAAAGAUGCGAGGGUUCCAGUGGGGCGACCGUCAAGAUCGGUAAUGGGCCCGAAAUUGAGCGGCCCCAGGCACUCGCCUACUUGCUCGAGCUGGAUGAUAUCAAGGUUCUCAUUGACUGUGGGGGAACGGAAGACUUCAGUUUCCCUAAGGCGUCUCCGAACUCUCUGAGAGAUGGUCAAGCAAAGCGCAUGGAAGUAGAUGAAGGAUCCGAAGAGGGCGAGCAAGACAUCUGGGAGGGCAAGGUCACCUCGCCAGAUCUUCAAUCUUCCUCGCUCGACACUGUUCUAUCUCGCAUCGGAGCAUCGAUCGACUUGGUUCUCCUUUCCCACUCAACUCUCGCUCAUCUCGGCUCUUUAGCAUGGGCUCGAAGCCACUAUGGACUGACCUGUCCCAUCUUUGCAACCUUACCGACCCAGACUAUGGGUAGACUUACUGUGCUGGAAAUGGUUCAGUGCCUUCGCGAUGCGACGGAUGUUGAUCUCGAAAUGCGGCUCGCUGCUGAGAUUGACGCGGGUAAAAUUCAUGCAAAAGAGAAUGAUCAGGCAACCGCAAUGGGUUCCAAUGAGCGACCGGAGGCCCCACUCACCUCAAAGCCACCACGGACGCCCCUUAGCGCCUUGCAUCCGGGUGGCGCAUUCCCUUUUCUCGAAGACGGGUCGCAUCUCUCGGCACUUGGCGCGGCAGGAGGGAUGGCAGAGCCAGAUGAGGAAGUGGAGGAAGCGGCGAUCAAAUCAUCUGCAGACAAGGCACUUGCAUACCUCCUCGAUGCUGAUGGUUCCAAGCUUUUGACUCUACGUCAAUCCCUUGCCACAUCGACCGUCCGCCGACGCGUGCCGACAGUCGAGCAAGUUGAGCAGACAUUCGAUUCCAUUUCCACCCUAAGAUACCUGCAGCCAUACCAUUUCUCGCACGGCAAUCUUGCGGGCCUGACUCUAACUGCAUAUAACGCGGGUCACUCGCUCGGAGGUACGGUAUGGAAGCUUCGAAGUCCAAGUCAAGGAACGAUCGUCAUCGCCAUGGAGUGGAACCACAAUCGUGAACGGCACCUGGACGGCAGCGCACUCUUGUCCACUUCUGGCGGCGUGGGGUCAAACACUGGCGCGAGUGGUCAAAGCGGUUCCGUUGGGGGAUCAGGUUCAUCUGCAGAAGCACUGCGACGGGCAGAUCUCAUGAUCACGUCCGUCCAGCGAGGCCUCAUAACCAACAUCAGGCGCAAAGACCGCGAUGCAGCUAUUCUCGACAUCGUUCAUCGUACAUUACAAGCAGGUGCCUCCGUUUUAUUCCCCAUCGAUCCAUCCGCCAGGCUCCUGGAACUGCUCGUCCUGCUUGAUCAACACUGGGCUUACGCCUACAGUCAUGCUCGUUUCCCGCUUUGUCUGGUCAGUCACACGGGCUCAGAAGUGAUCGAGCGUGCUAGGACGCUCAUGGAAUGGAUGACUCGCGAAUGGGCGACUGUCGCCACUGGUGCGGGCGCGAAUGCAGAAGCGGAAGGCGUCGAAGGGCAAGAUGGUGAUCCAGGACUCAAGAACAAUACGCAACGGAAAGGGAAUGAUCGGAGAGCUAGGGAGCGAAUGCAGAAGGAAGGUCCCGCAGCACCUUUAGAUUUCAAGUACCUACGCAUUUUCUCUUCCCUUGAGGCUAUGAAUAAUGCCAUUCCUCCUGGGCAGGCACGUGUCGUCCUGGCCGUACCGCCAUCGCUCACCUGUGGUCCCGCCCGCAAACUCGUUGCUACGUUCUCGCAGAACCCGCAGGAUGUCAUCCUCCUAACGCAACGCGGCGAGCCCGGCAGCUUGACACGAUGGCUUUGGAACGAAUGGCACAAGCGCCAGCAACCAGCUGCCAAGCUGGGAAGGGGAAAAGUCGGUCAGGUCAUCAAGACAUCAGAACUGACAGGAGACUCUGCGAUAGAAUCACAUGAAUUGGAGAUCCAGAGAAAAAUCUCGCUGAAUGAAGAGGAGCUCAAAGUGUACGAGGAUGCCCUCCAAGCAGCAAAAACUAAGGCUGCACAGCGACGCGCGCUGGCCGCCCGCUCCCGGAGACGACUUGAGGCUGAUGAAGAUGAAGACUCAGACGACGACUCGGACGCUGACGAGAAUUUCGGCAACGAUGAAUUCGGGGCUUUGCCGAGCGCGACUCGUGGUGCUUCAGGAGGAGCCGGUGGCCUUGGUCGCAAGCGAGACUUUGACUCGGCAUUUGAAGUUAGCGGCGCGGUUGAUCGCGGCGCCAUGGGCGACAGUCUUUCGGCUGAGGUCUCCUUCGAUAUCUACUUGAAGGGUGAUGCGUCGAAAGUGACGUCCUUCUUCGGCUCCAGGCCUGAUAAAGGCGAAGGAGAUGGAGCUGCUGAGGCAGGUGUCAGGUACAGGAUGUUCCCAUUCGUUGACAAGAAGCGGCGCAUCGACGCUUAUGGGGAGACGAUCGAUGUCAAUCGCUGGUUGAGCAAGAAGAAUGAGCUCGAGGCAAACCAGGCCGAAGGAAAAGCGGAUGAAGAAGCGCUGGAGGCCCAGCGCAACCGGGCAUGGGCCCAAAAGGGAACUCAAGACGGCCAGCCAUCUAAAUUUGUCGUCGACAAGGUCCAGCUUCAUUUGCAAUGUCACCUUGCUUUUGUCGAGAUGGAGGGUCUCAACGAUGGUCGAGCGCUGAAGACUGUCCUUCCGCAAUUGCUCCCGCGAAGACUCAUCAUGGUUGACGGGGAUGCAGCCACACGUCGAGACAUGCGCAGCUCUUUGCAGUCCGUCAAGGCCAUGUCGAAGGAGCUCUGGGCGCCGCUUCUUGGCUUCUCAGUGUCCAUCGGAGAGUCGACAGUGGCACUCACCGUCAACCUUGGCGACAACUUGAUGAAGAGCAUCCGGCUCAGCCAAUUUGAAGACUUUGAGAUUGCUUACUUGAGAUCUGUCUUUAAGAUCAGCGAAGAGAGCUCUCUCCCUACGCUCAACAGUGUCGAACAGCAGACAGCAUCAGCUGGAAGGUCAGACGAAGGUGCUCAAAUUGAAGAAGGGGCUGAGGGAGAGGAGCCGGGCGAGUUUAAAGCUUCGCCGGAAGAACCCGUCAGGGUUGCGAGCAAGACAAUCCUACCCACUAUCUUCGUCGGUGACCUAAGACUUUCGGGCCUUAAGUCGCAUCUGGCAGGCAAGAUGGGAAUGCCGGCCGACUUUGCCGGCGAGGGCCUGUUGGUGUGUGGUCUUAAGCCAGGCAGCACCGACAGUUGCUCUGCAACCACAGUCCAAAAGGCAGGCCAAGGUAGAAUCGUCAUUGAAGGCAACAUCGGGCAAAACUUCUAUAAUGUCCGUGAACAGGUGUACUCAUUACAUGCUCAGAUCAGCAGCAAUGCAGCUUGAGAAUGGAUGG